AUCGUUUUUUACCGGCAUUUCUGGAUUAACGUUUGGCUUGUAUCCCCCGAUUUAAUUAUAUUUUUGCUUGUACCGAAAUCACAGCUUUAAGUAAUGACGGACACUAAUGGACCCGCCGUGCGCAUGCCAUGGGUGGAGAAAUAUCGUCCGAAUGCCUUAGAUGAUUUGAUAUCUCACGAGGAAAUAAUAUCAACAAUAACCCGCUUUAUAAGCCGAAAGCAACUGCCGCAUUUACUAUUUUAUGGUCCACCUGGCACGGGAAAAACGAGCACAAUAUUGGCGUGCGCCCGUCAACUUUACUCUCCACAGCAGUUUAAGUCUAUGGUUUUGGAGCUUAACGCAUCGGAUGACCGAGGAAUUGGAAUUGUGCGAGGCCAAAUCCUUAAUUUUGCGUCCACGCGAACCAUAUUUUGCGACACUUUCAAACUGAUUAUUUUGGACGAGGCCGAUGCCAUGACCAACGAUGCCCAGAAUGCUUUGCGGCGCAUCAUUGAGAAAUAUACGGAUAACGUUCGAUUUUGUGUGAUUUGCAAUUAUUUGAGUAAAAUCAUUCCGGCGCUGCAGUCGCGUUGUACCCGCUUUCGAUUCGCUCCUUUAUCCCAGGAUCAGAUGAUGCCUCGACUGGAAAAAAUCAUUGAUACCGAAGCUGUUCAAAUAACCGAAGAUGGAAAGCGGGCUCUACUUACGCUAGCCAAAGGCGAUAUGAGAAAGGUUUUGAACGUUCUGCAAAGUACCGUGAUGGCAUUUGAUAAGGUCAACGAGGAUAAUGUCUACAUGUGCGUAGGCUAUCCGCUGAGGCAGGAUAUCGAACAGAUUUUAAAGGGGUUGCUAUCUGGCAAUAGCUUCGAGGCAUCGUUCAAAACUGUCGAAAGUGCGAAGUACGCAAGAGGCCUUGCGUUAGAAGACAUAAUAACAGAACUGCAUUUAUUUGUUAUGAGGCUUGAACUACCGAUGUCAGUGAUGAACAAACUUAUUAUCAAGCUAGCACAAAUCGAAGAAAGAUUGGCCAAAGGAUGUACAGAAGUUGCGCAAACGGCAGCCCUAGUGGGCGCCUUCUUUAUUUGCCGGGAUAUGGUUUCCAUGGAGAAAUAAACAAUUGUCUAGUAAUUAAGUACAAAUAUAAAUUGGCAAAAAGUCCCUUGCCACUACACA